CCACACGGUCGGGACGCUGGGAGCCGCGGGCGGGCGGUGCGGGGUCGGGGCGGCGGCGGUGAGGCGAGCGAGGCGGAGGGCGAGCCAUGGCUGGGCAGCAGUUUCAGUACGAUGACAGCGGGAACACCUUCUUCUACUUCCUCACCUCCUUCGUGGGGCUCAUCGUGAUCCCCGCCACAUACUACCUCUGGCCCCGAGAUCAGAAUGCCGAGCAAAUUCGACUAAAGAAUAUCAGAAAAGUAUAUGGAAGAUGUAUGUGGUAUCGUUUGCGGUUGUUAAAACCCCAGCCAAAUAUUAUCCCCACUGUAAAAAAAAUAGUUCUGCUUGCAGGAUGGGCAUUGUUCUUAUUCCUUGUGUACAAAGUUUCCAAAACAGACCGAGAAUAUCAAGAAUACAAUCCUUAUGAAGUAUUAAAUUUGGAUCCUGGAGCAACAGUAGCAGAAAUUAAGAAACAGUAUCGUUUGCUGUCACUUAAAUACCAUCCAGAUAAAGGAGGAGAUGAAGUUAUGUUCAUGAGGAUAGCAAAAGCUUAUGCAGCUUUAACAGAUGAAGAGUCUCGGAAAAAUUGGGAAGAAUUUGGAAAUCCAGAUGGACCUCAAGCUACAAGUUUUGGAAUUGCCCUGCCAGCAUGGAUAGUUGACCAGAAAAAUUCAAUUUUGGUUUUACUUGUAUAUGGAUUGGCAUUCAUGGUGAUCCUGCCAGUUGUUGUGGGUUCUUGGUGGUAUCGCUCGAUACGCUACAGUGGAGAUCAGAUUUUAAUACGUACAACACAGAUUUAUACAUACUUUGUUUAUAAAACCCGAAAUAUGGAUAUGAAACGUCUCAUUAUGGUUUUGGCUGGAGCUUCUGAAUUUGAUCCUCAGUAUAAUAAAGAUGCCACAAGCAGACCAACAGAUAAUAUUCUAAUACCACAGUUGAUCAGAGAAAUUGGCAGCAUUAAUUUAAAGAAGAAUGAACCUCCACUUACCUGCCCAUAUAGCUUGAAGGCCAGAGUUCUGUUACUGUCUCAUCUUGCUAGAAUGAAAAUUCCUGAGACCCUUGAAGAAGAUCAGCAAUUUAUGUUGAAAAAAUGCCCUGCCCUUCUUCAAGAAAUGGUUAAUGUAAUAUGCCAACUCAUAAUAAUGGCCCGGAGCCGUGAAGAAAGGGAGUUUCGUGCUCCAACUUUGGCUUCCUUAGAAAACUGCAUGAAGCUUUCCCAGAUGGCUGUCCAAGGCCUUCAGCAGUUUAAAUCUCCCCUUCUGCAGCUCCCACACAUCGAAGAGGACAAUCUUAGAAGAGUUUCUAAUCAUAAAAAGUACAAAAUUAAAACUAUACAAGAUUUGGUGAGUUUGAAAGAACCAGAUCGUCACAGUCUUCUACACUUCCUUGAAGAUGAAAAAUAUGAAGAGGUUAUGGCCGUUCUUGGGAGUUUUCCGUAUGUAACCAUGGAUAUAAAGUCACAGGUACUGGAUGAUGAGGACAGCAAUAACAUCACAGUAGGAUCCCUAGUCACAGUGCUGGUCAAACUGACAAGACAAACAAUGGCAGAAGUGUUUGAAAAGGAGCAGUCCAUCUGUGCCGCAGAGGAACAGCCUGCUGAAGAUGGGCAGAGUGAUGUUAACAAGAACAAGACAAAGGGAGGAUGGCAGCAGAAGAGCAAAGGACCCAAGAAAGCUGCUAAAUCAAAGAAAAAAAAGCCUUCGAAAAAAAAACCUGCACCUGUGACACUACCGCAGUCAAAGCAGCAGAAACAGAAGCAGGCAAACGGAGUAGUUGGGAGUGAAGCUGCGGUCAAGGAAGACGAAGAAGAAGUUUCUGACAAAGGCAGCGAUUCUGAAGAAGAGGAAACCAAUAGAGAUUCCCAGAGCGAAAAGGAUGACGGUAGUGACAGAGAGUCUGACAGAGAGCCAGACGAGAAACAGAACAAAGACGAUGAGGCGGAAUGGCAAGAAUUACAGCAAAGUAUACAGCGGAAGGAGAGAGCUCUUUUAGAAACCAAAUCAAAGAUCACCCAUCCUGUGUACAGUCUUUAUUUUCCUGAGGAAAAACAAGAAUGGUGGUGGCUUUAUAUUGCAGAUCGGAAGGAGCAGACAUUAAUAUCUAUGCCGUAUCAUGUGUGUACACUAAAAGAAACAGAAGAGGUAGAACUAAAAUUUCCUGCACCAGGCAAGCCUGGAAAUUAUCAGUAUACAGUGUUUUUGAGAUCAGACUCUUAUAUGGGUUUGGAUCAAAUUAAACCAUUAAAGUUGGAGGUUCAUGAGGCCAAGCCUGUGCCAGAAAAUCACCCGCAGUGGGACACAGCCGUGGAGGGGGAUGAAGACCAGGAGGACAGCGACGGCUUUGAAGACAGCUUUGAGGAGGAAGAGGAGGAGGAGGAGGAGGAUGACUAAGCAGUCCUGUGAGGGACCACUGCGUUUGCACAUAUUUGCAGAUUUUUUGUUGUUUUGGAAAUAUAUAAUAAACCAGACCAGUGCGGAACGGAUGCUGAAGGAAGUGUUAGUUUCUUUCCUAGAAAUGGGUGCAUAAGACAGGCCUCUGCGGUGCUGUGGAGCAGUGGGAAAGUGCCUCAGCCUUUCACGUGCGGGGCGGUGCAGUCAUUUGAUCUGCAAGUGGUGAAUCCCUCGUUGUUGUAACUGUCCAGAAGACAGGCUGUGUAUCAUCCCAUCAGUUUAUGGCCCCAGUAAAAGUGAAGGUACACAAAAACCUGUAUAAAUGUGCAGCUUUUCUCUGUUCAGCUUUAGUUUAGUAAGCACUGAAGUAUGGCAGAAUCACAGUUGUGUUUUAAAUAACAUCUGCUUGUUUUAAUCUCUCAGUAAGCUCUGUUACUCAUUUAUUGAUAUUUUACAGGUGAUGAAACAGCUCCAUACGUGAAUUCAAGUCUUUCAUUUUCAUUUGUGUUGGUCAUUAAAUUGGCAUUCUCUCACAUUCCACAUAAUAUAGAGGGUGCCUUUGGGGUUUUCCUUUCUUAUUUCACAGUUGAUGGACUAUUAAAAAGGGUUUUUUUUUUUUUUUUUUUUUUUUUAAUGGCUUAAGAUAGUUUUAAGCCUCUCGCUUAGCAAUCAGUGUGGGAUCUUACUUUUUUGAUAAGCUAUAGGUCUAAAAUGAUUGUGGGACCAUACACUCUGAUAUUGAUAGUUUAUGCUAUUAAAACUUUUUUUACGAGGUUCACUACAAAAGCUGAACUACACUUAGCUUUUAAUCUACCUAUCAGAAGUCUUUCAAGGAACAGAAUACAACGUGCAAAGGAGGCAUUUUUUUGUAUUAAUUUUGAACUCCCGUCAAAUAAAAUAGAAGUUUGACUCAUUUUACAUUUGUAAUUGUGUGUUUUUACUCCCAGGGAAAGGCUCUAAAGAGGAUCAUCCAUUUUUUUACUUUUCAACUAAUAAGUAGUGGUGCCUCGAUUCCUAAGUGCUUUUGUUUGCAAACAACUUGGUUCACAAACAGAAGCAUUGGGCAAAAUUUUGUUUUUGUUUGCAAACUCUGCAUCGGGUGACAAACGUGACUGUGACCGUGUUUUCAAAAUCAUAGAACAAGUGAAGCCGUGACCUGAAGCCCCGCUGUAAUGCAGCACAUCUGCACUGAAGUGGCUGCUGUCUGUGCGGCAGUAGGCAGACUCCUGAGUGAGGGGCCUUUUCCUCGUAGAACAGCCAAAGGGGUAAUGCUUAACACACAGAGCGAAACGGGGUGCCUGACCAAGCACUGAGGCAUGAGAGAGAUUGCUGUUAAAUAUGCAGGAAACGUGUUAAAAGACUGAUUUGUGAUAAUGGUGUAAAAGUCUCCACAGGCCAAAGUCCUACUGGAAUACCAACUUGUGACCUUGUUUAUUUAAAAGGUUGCUAUUCUCCAUGCAAGAUUGCCAUUGGUAUUUUGUUAUCAUAGUUACUAGAAAUAAAAUUUGAUAGUUAUCAAAACUAUGACCUGUUUUUGGUUCUAAACAGGGUAUAAUACUCCCCAUCAAAUAAUCAGCCAUGUUUUUACUUUGGAACUUUGAUCCCCAGUUGUAGGAAUGACUUGCAGGCGGGAGGCAGUGCGGCAGGGUUGGUUUCAUCUUGCAGCGGGGUGGUUUGCAGUCCUCUGAAGCCCCACCAGGCUCAGUUGUGGCAUCCUGGUCCUGUCCGUGUGCCCGCAGGUGCAGGCUGCCUGGGGCCACGAGGAGGAGAGGAGGUUAGAGAAGACGCCCGGCGUGGUGAGGAGGCUGCGCCAGGCAGCAUUUGCAUUUUCUAGUUCUCUUGGAACAGCUUCUUUUCUAGUGGCUGUUGUGCUUUAAACAAGGUUCGUCGAAGUUUCUCAUUUUAGGAAAUGAGAGAAGGGAAGAUUUCACAGCCUAAUAACUCAGCACAGUUCUUAAUAAGCAGCGUCACCUCAACAGAAAGUUGUUCUGUUUCCCUUCACCCGUGUGUGAACAUCCCCUGGCCGAGAAAACCAAAAGCGAGUUCCUGUAGUGACGGGCUCCUUGGGAGUUACAGGAGUGGGAGAACUGGCACGCUUCUCAUGUCUCCACCAGGUCACCAGGCUUCACGUCCCUCCUUCUUUUCCCUGGAAGGAUGUUAACGAUUCAUCCUGGUUUACGUGUCAUCUAAUGGAAACAGUGAAGUUUCAGUGUUCUAUCCAAAAAAUUAGUGACAUUUUGUCUAUAGAACAGAUGCGUAUAUAGAUGAAAUAGUGUAUGUAUACAGACAGUGAAAUUGGUUAUGAAGUUUUUCAAUUGUGUAAUGCUUCUCUCUUUAAAUUGGUUAUCUGUUAAACUGCAGCCUUUCAGGAGACUGCUCGCUGCCACAGUUGAAAGCAUAACAGGUAUUGUGUUGUGUUUUCCACGCGGCAGUCCCCGUCUCGCAGUCAGGCAGGUGUUACGUCUCUUGAAGCUUUUUUUAUUUGUAAGUUUUGGUAAUUGAGUGCACCAGAUGAGGCUUCCUGUCUUCCGAUGCGGACCAGGACUUGUGCUCUGCUCUCUCUCUCUCUGUCCCGCCUUGCGCUGUGCAGCCGGACCAGGCCGCUGGGAGGCAGGAGGCCCAGCGCGGGUGCCAGCACUGGUGUGGGCGUGGGGAGAGGGCAUUGCUCUUCCCACCACCUUUGUUCUUCCUCUGGGUUCAGCCAGUCCAACCCAUAUCCUGGAGUUUUAAGUAACGAUCGGUAUUUCACAUGUAAUUCGGUACUUUUUUGGUAGCAUUUGUUUACCAUCACAUUGACCAAGUUUCUGUGUGCACAACUCUGAGACUAGGAGGGCUACACAGUCCUUGUUAAAAACCCUCAAUUGAGCAGAUAUUUGGCCGUCCGUUUCUGUCCAUUUACCUAGACUGGCGACCCCUCCCCAUCGCCAGAAGAAUUUUUUUAGGGACGUGCUGUUAGUUUAUUCCCCCCCUCCCCCAGACACACUUUGAGACAGGAAAAACUUUAUUCUUAGUUAUGCUGCUUUAAAGCCUUUUUGCCUUGUAUUCUGAAUCAGCUCAUGAAGUCCUCUGUGGAGUCUGCCUUCCAGUGAGGCAAGCACUGGUGACCCGUAGUGUGACUUACCAGCUGUGCAGUGAUCAGUCCAGAUGCGUCUCAAGAAGUUGGCACCGCUCGCCCUUAGACAUUUAAAUCUAAUGCCAAACUUUUAAGUUGCAGGACUUCAAGAUUUGAUCGUGUCCAUUUUCCUGGUUCUGAGCGGAAUCCUAAUUGACAGUGACAGCAGUCACUGGCGUGUUUUAGGACUGUGGGUUCAGGUGGGGGUGUGCAUCCCAGGAGUAUGCAAUGAUCAAUCCAUUGAGAAAAUGUUAAAAUGAUUAUUUGUAUUUAAUCUCAUCCUUUUAAAUUUCUAUUUUUAUGUGUUUUAUAAUGUACAUAAUAUAUUCUACAAUUGUACACUUCUAUAAUUUAUAAAUAAAUACAUUUAUUGGUGCA